AGCGCCGAGGACAAAUACAAGAUGUGGAUGAGGCACCGCUACAAGGACUGCGUGGAUUGCUUGGCGGAGCUGAUGGGACACGAUGCCUUCCAGGUCAAGGAAUUGUCGCUCUGCACCCUCAUGAAGUUUGUGGAGUUGGAGGCACAGCAUCCCUUGAUCAAAGUAGAGUGGAAGGGGACUUUAACUUUUCCGCGUGAACUUCUUAAGGUAGUUGUUGAUGGCUUACUUCCCUUAAAUGAGGACGCUUCACUCCUGAUCUCCCGCUUUCAAGAAUACAUGGAGUAUGAUGAUGUUCGGUACUUUGUCAUGAAGGCGGUCACUGAGAGUAUUGGACAAGUCAUGCAGAAGACGAAAGAGAGGCCACUGCCGUUUUACCAACAGAAUGUAUUUUCUCUCAUUUCACCCAUUAACAUGCCAGACAAAGAGAGUGACAUGGUCAAAUUUAUGGUGAAGCAAGAUAACUGGCAGGAAUUGAAAGUGUCGAAGCUUCAGGCACACAAGCAGGCGUUUCAAAAGAUGUGGCUGAGUUUUUUGAAGCACAAGCUGCCCACUGGCCUUUACAAAAAAGUUCUUGUCAUUCUGCAUGAUUCCAUCCUGCCUUACAUGAACGAGCCCACUCUCAUGAUAGAUUUCUUGACGGUGGCCUAUGGCAUAGGUGGAGCCAUCAGUCUUCUAGCCUUAAAUGGAUUAUUUAUUCUGAUUCAUGAACAUAAUCUGGAAUAUCCUGACUUUUACAAAAAGCUGUACAGUCUUUUAGACCCUUCUAUCUAUCACGUGAAGUACCGAGCCCGCUUUUUCCAUUUGGCUGAUCUGUUUUUGUCUUCAUCUCACUUGCCAGCAUACCUGGUGGCAGCAUUUAUAAAGCGUCUCUCCCGGCUGGCCCUCACUGCUCCUCCCGAGGCUCUACUCAUGGUCAUCCCCUUCAUCUGUAAUCUCUUCCGGAGGCACCCCGCGUGCAAGGUGCUUGUACACAGACCUAAUGGGCCAGAAGAUAUGUCGGAAGAUCCAUAUAUUAUGGAGGAGAAGGAGCCAUCUGAAAGCAGGGCUUUGGAGAGCUCUCUCUGGGAGAUUCAGUCUCUACAAAACCAUUAUCACCCAGAUGUGGCCAAGGCAGCCGCUGUCCUGAACCAGUCGCUGUCGGAAAUAGAGGAUGACCUAUCCGCGCUCCUGGAGCUCUCGGCGUACGAGGUAGCGUCGCUGUGCUUUGUCACUUUUGAUAAAGAAGUAAAGAAAAAGGCUGUUGAUGUGCCCCUGGAGUUUGAGCAAGUACGAGGUUUGUUUGGGAAGAAAAAUGAUAUUUUUGCAGAGCACUUUGCUUUAGAUUGA